GAAAAGGGUGGUAAGCAGCUCCGCAGGAAAAAGGGUUCUCCACAGAAAAAGGAAUUACCUGACUCAUCACCUGUCAAAAAAGUAACACGUGGCAUGCAAAAGGUGGAGGAGACCAUUACUUCUGACAGUUCCAAAGUUGCUGCUUCAGCUGAAUUAGUGAAAAAGGAUAAACCGAAUCUAAGAAAAAAAGGUUCUCCACAGAAAAAGGACUUGCCUGACUCUUCACCAUGUGUAGAGCCAUCAUCUCCCAAACGAAAAGUAGAAGAAAAUGUGGCCUGUGACACUUCUAGAAUUGCUGCUUUAGGAAAAAGUCCACAAGGAAAACGUGCAAGACGAAGUGCUGUGGAACCUCUUCCAGAGAACGAAAUCCUUACUGACAUUAAUGCCAAGAGCUGGCAGCUACUAAAGCUUGUUGCAAACGAUGAAAAUGGAGUGCUUUAUGAAGCUCGGGGUACCUCUGGUGCUACUGCCAAGGAACAGUACUUACUGAAGCUGGAUACAAAAGAAGGAAGGAUUUUCAAUGAACAAAACUUUUUUCUCCGUGCUGUAAAACCCAAAACAGUUCAGAUGUGGCAGAAGUCUCACGGUGUUAAUUUUCUGGGAAUUCCACCUUGUAUAGGUUUUGGUCUUCAUGCAGAGAAGUAUAGGUUCCUCGUGUUUCCAGAUUAUGGUAACAGCUUGCAGUCUUUCCUAGAUGCAAGUAAGAAACUGUUGUCUGAGAAAGCUGUUUUUCAAAUUACCUACAGACUGAUUAGUGUCCUGGAAUACAUCCAUGAUAAUGAAUACGUGCAUGGUGAUAUCAAAGCAGAGAAUCUGUUUGCCACCACUACUGACCUUACAAAGAUCUACCUGACAGGUUAUGGCCAUGCAUUCCGAUACUAUCCUAGUGGAAAACAUGUCGAGUAUAGAGAAGGCAGCAGGACUCUUCAUGAGGGUACAGUGGAGUUCACCAGCCUAGACAGCCACAAAGGAGUAGGGCCUUCUUGUCGAAGUGACCUUGAGUCCCUUGGUUACUGUAUGGUUAAGUGGCUGACUGGAUCAUUGCCAUGGAGCUCAAUGCUUGAGAAGCCUAAAGAUGUCACGGCACUGAAACAGAAAUGUAAAGAAGAUCCAACAAGUUUCCUGAAGCAGUGCUUUGGCAAAAAGAAAAUCCCAGAUGCAUUAAUUACUUACUUUCAGCAUGUGGCAUCACUUCGCUAUGAAGAAAAGCCAAAUUAUGAACAGCUGAAGACAACACUUCAGAAUGCACUGAAAAAGUUGAAAACCACCGUUGAUGACCCAGUGGACUUGUAAUUUGCUCAAUAGAAUUUCUUAUUUUAUUGAGAAUGUGAACAUGCCAUUUACUCGGAUGGGCUAAGAAUGGACUUGCUUUAACUGCUGUUUUCUCUGUAAUUUUACAAGUGUUUCAUAGAAAGAUAUUCAAUGAUUUUAUUCUUUUUUAUUUUUGCUGUUCCGGUGUGUAUGCUUUUAUCAUAAAUUCUGAAGGUCAAUGGUUUUUUUUAUUAUUUCUGAACCAUAGCACUGCUUUUUUACUGAUUUCAUUUUUAAACUUUUAUUGGAAGUGUAAUAGGAUACCCAUUUUUUAUUUACCUAUUGUGACAAAAUACCACCUUUGUAGUCAGCUGCAAUGUGGUUAAAUUCUGGCUUGAGUGUGCCUUUCACUGAAACUGAAUUUUUUCACCUGCAAUGUUAUAGUCACAUUGACUUCAAUGUCAUUUUUAUUGGUGAACUGCAUAAUUAAAGCCACACAUCUCACCUUGUCUUAAAUGUAUAUAUCAUUAAUACAUUAGUAUUAUGCCAUAGCUUGGUCUGUUGUGUUAUACAUUCAUGUAAACGUUGUAUCUUAAUUUCUUUUUUAAAACAAAUGCUUUGCUACUUGUCUCAUUUUGGCAUUUUAACCAUUCAUUGUUGUAAGUGUAUUUUUCUUUAAUAACUUCAUUCUGUUGUUCCGAUUGUUUUGGUGUGUCAUGAGAUUUAUUCAGAGAAUAUAAAAAUGUUAUAUAAAGCCUUAA